AUGGCAUCAAAUAAAAAAGACCAAAUUAAAGUUGAUGGAAUCCAUGGCAGAUAUGGACGAUUCAGAGAUAACAGGAAUCAAAAUGAUAAAGACAAACAUCAAGUGCCAUUUUUAGUUAGAACACAUUGGAAAAAUGGAUAGAUCACAUUAGAUGACUUUAACAAAAACUAAACCUAGGAAAUAUUGCUUUAUUUAUUCUUGAGUUCAAAAUUGAGAGACAUAGUGGAUCAAUUAAAAUAUCAAUUGGAUGGAGUUUACAGAAGAGAUAUUGUAUUUAAGGUUAGCAAUGUCUACUUGGAUCAACAUGGAGUGCAAAAGAAAAAGGAUUUAGGCACAGUACAUUCUGUGAAGUCAGGAAAAGAUGAAAGUUCUGAUCUAAGAGACCAUGGUUUCAAAAUUGGAGAUAUAUUAAUGGUUGAGAUCGAAACAAAGAAUUAAAAUAAACAACCAAUUUCCUAAAUAGCAAAGGAAUGA